CAAAUAUCUCUUCCCAUCCUUUUUCGCUUUUGCUCAUUUCCCAGAAACUUUGCUUCGUGUGCGAUCGCGAGACGAAGAAGAAUUAGGGUUUAUAUCAUCCGUACACCAUUGAUCCUUCAUCUAGAGUCUAUUCCUAUUCGAGCUUCUUAAGGGCUUUGAUCUACUCUAAAUCGAAGAAGACGAAGCUGGAGGUUUGAAAAUCAGUUGUAGGUUGUAAUUUGCGAGUAUGAGUUCAUCAUGGGCUGAUGUUUCCGAAGCGGAGAGAGCACCAUCUGGUUGGGGUUACGGGAACUCUCGUCCCUCGCGAACCAACUACGUGCCUCCGCAUCUUAGGGGCCGUGGACCUUCACCUGGUAGUGAUCGUGGGGGAUAUGGUGGUGGUUAUGGUGGUCGAGGAGGCCAAGGUUAUGGUGGUCGAGGAGGCGGAGGCGGAGGCUAUGUUGGUAGAGGAGGAGGUGGAGGUGGUGGUUGGAAUAACAGGAGUGGAGGUUGGGACCGUAGGGAUACUGAAACUAACCCGUUUGGUAAUGAUAGGAAUGUAGAGCCGGUUGCUGACGAGCAGGAGAACACAGGCAUUAACUUUGAGGCCUAUGAAGAUAUCCCCAUCGAGACAAGUGGGGAUAAUGUGCCGCCUCCUGUUAAUACCUUUGCUGAGAUAGACCUUGGAGAGGCUCUGAAUCUUAAUAUCCAGAGGUGCAAGUACGUGAAGCCGACCCCUGUGCAGCGUAAUGCGAUUCCCAUCUUGGCUGCUGGGAGGGAUUUGAUGGCUUGUGCUCAGACGGGGUCUGGGAAGACAGCUGCGUUUUGUUUUCCUAUUAUUAGUGGGAUUAUGAAGGAGCAGCAGCGUGUAGAGAGACCACGUGGAGUUCGGGGAGUGUAUCCUCUUGCUGUCAUUCUCUCACCAACUAGGGAGUUGGCAUGUCAGAUACAUGAUGAAGCCAGAAAGUUCUCCUAUCAAACUGGUGUGAAAGUUGUGGUUGCUUAUGGAGGAACACCAGUCAACCAACAGAUCCGGGAGCUUGAAAGAGGAGUUGAUAUUCUUGUUGCAACUCCUGGGAGAUUAAAUGAUUUGCUUGAGAGAGGUAGAGUCUCACUACAGAUGGUAAAACACCUAGCACUUGAUGAGGCGGAUAGGAUGCUGGACAUGGGGUUUGAACCGCAAAUCAGGAAGAUCGUUCAGCAGAUGGAUAUGCCUCCUCCUGGUGUCCGGCAGACAAUGCUGUUCAGUGCUACCUUUCCUAGGGAGAUACAGAGACUUGCAUCUGAUUUUCUUUCAAAUUACAUAUUUCUGGCUGUUGGAAGAGUGGGUUCAAGUACGGAUUUAAUAGUCCAAAGAGUAGAGUUUGUCCACGAUUCUGACAAAAGAAGCCAUUUAAUGGACCUUCUUCAUGCUCAGAGGGAGAAUGGUAACCAAGGAAAGCAAGCUUUGACUCUUGUAUUUGUGGAGACAAAGAAGGGAGCUGACUCGUUGGAGAAUUGGUUGUGCAUGAACGGAUUCCCAGCAACGACCAUCCACGGUGAUAGGUCACAACAGGAAAGAGAAAUGGCACUGAGAUCAUUCAAGACUGGGCGGACACCUAUUUUGGUUGCAACUGAUGUGGCAGCACGUGGUCUUGACAUUCCACACGUGGCCCAUGUGGUUAACUUUGAUCUACCAAACGAUAUCGAUGACUAUGUCCACCGUAUCGGACGAACAGGACGUGCAGGCAAUUCAGGACUAGCAACUGCUUUCUUCAAUGAUAACAACACAUCAAUGGCCAAGCCACUCGCUGAGCUAAUGCAGGAAGCAAACCAGGAGGUCCCUGACUGGCUGAGUCGGUAUGCAUCUCGUGCUUCAUUUGGAGGUGGUAAGAACCGACGAUCUGGUGGGCGGUUUGGUGGCCGUGACUUCAGGAGAGAAUCUUUUGGCCAAGGCGGAGGCGGAGGCGGUGGCUACUAUGGUGGUGGUGGAGGAGGAUAUGGUGCCGUUCCCGGUGGUGGAUAUGGAGCAAUGCCUGGUGGAUAUGGAAACGUACCAGGUGGUGGAUAUGGAGCCGUUCCUGGUGGUUAUGUACCAUACGGCAGAGGCGGUGGUGCUUACUACGGUGGAGGAUAUGGAACCGUUCCUAACCAAGGCUACGGCCCUGGAGUGGCCAGUGCUUGGGACUAACCUGUUGACUCCAGUUCUUCAACAAAACAAUUAGUCCUCUCUCUUAUCUCUAUUGUUUUACUAAUAGAGUGCAUCGUAUGUGUAUGUUUGCUCUCUAAAUGGUUAUUUAUGUAGACACGAGUGAGUCUUCACUUGUGCAUGUGAAAGAAGCGAAACAAAAACUCCUAGUCGACUAUUA